AUGUAUCAACUGAAAGAACGAAUGAACAGUAGAAUUAAUCUGGCUGAUGAAAGUUACGCUGAAAUUGUGAAAGUUCUGGCUGAGAUCUUUACUCCGAGGAUUGGUCAUCUGGACGAACCACAUCAAACUGAAGUUAGAGACUUGAAAGAUGACCCAAAUUUAUUCAAUAACGAAAAAACAGUUACUCUUCUCUUUGACGAGAACUUGGGGGCUCAAAAUUUCUCUAAAACCUGGUUGAACGACUGCAUUGAAGCGUCAAAAGAAGUUGUGAUUGAGCGAAUAAGGAUGAUUAAAAAAAUCCAUGAAGUUCGAAAAACAAUUGCGACUCAAUGUUUCAUUGGGAUUGUUGGCCCAAUUAACUCGGGUAAAUCCACCUUCAUAAACGCGAUGUGGCAGUUAAAUUCUCCGACAGGAAGUUCAGUUCACACAGAUAAACCAACAAUCAGAAAAAUUACGGAGACAGUUCAAGUGGUGGACUACCCAGGAAAUAACAGCUUAGAAUGUCACUCUAGAACCUUCAGUAUUUGUGGGGCGAUGAAUAAUCUGAUUGUAAUUAACAUUGCUACUUCAGGAGAUGUUAACCAAGACGAAGCUGACAAAAUAUCCGAAUACUACAAAACAGUUUCGGUUUCCGACGAUUGCAGAAUCAUUAUAUGUAUUAACAAGUGGGGCUUAUUCGCAGAAAAUCUGCGAAACGAAGGAAAAACUAUCGCCGAAAUGAAAAAUCGAUACAUCGAAAAAAUGAACGAUUAUUACUCGAAGUCUGGAAACGAUUUCAGAAUUCGGGAGGAAGAUGUAUUCUGCACAGAUUGGAAAAUGGACGAUAACAGACGCCGAGAGUUUGGAAUUUCUGGAAUUCAGGAUAUUCGAGAGUCUCUGAGAGCCCACCUGACGGCUUUGGGAAUCAGUGAUGAGGCCCAAUUAGAAGCUUCUGUGUCGUCGCCUUCUCUUUGAUUAUGUAUUUUCUUUUCUUUAUUUUAGCUUAAGUCUCAGACUGUAUAAUAAUUACAUGGGCGAGCAUCAUUGAAAAUUUACAUGAUUGAUUCUAUAACCUUCAUUGGCACCUUCAAAAUAUCAAUUUUUUCAGAAAUUGAAAUCAAAA